ACGUAUCUGUCAUAUUUAUAAAUUUUUAGUUUGUUGCAAAAAUAUAGUGUGGAUUUUACGUUAUCAUUAAAAAUGUUAUUUUUUUAUACAAAACAGUAAACAAUGUCUAUCAAUCUGUUUCUAUACUUAUUAAUGUUUAGUUCAGCUAUAUGUUUGACGAAAGGAACUAGUGUUGAAAGAAUACCAAAAAAGAGUGCACAAUCUGACAAUACAGACACAAACAAGGAAACACAUAAAGAACCUGCCGUUCAGAUAUCCGCAAAACCGGCAAAACCUGUCACCCAUUCAGAUUCUUCAUCAAGUGUCAAAAAAGAUAGUGUGAAGCAAACUCCACAUAAUCAAACUACUUCAGUCACUAAAGCAGAAAAGGUCUUAGAUGGAAAUAAUGACGUCCCAGAAAGUAAUUCUGCACAAGCGGAAUCGGGAGCUGUGAUAAGAGGAGUUUUAGUUUUUGGUGGAUUAGGCUUGAUAUUUUUAAUAUACGUAGGCGUUAGAACAUACAGGAGAAGAAAAAUGCCCAUCAUCAGAAAAUAUGGUGUAAGAGCAAGAAGAUCUGAUGUUGAAAUGAGACCUCUACCACUAGAUGAUGAUGAAGAAGAUGAAACCGUUUUUGAUUUAUCACACCUUAAUAAACCCUAGCACUGGUUAAAAUUGUUUUAAGUCAAUGUUUAUAUGUAAUGAGUAUGUGUAGAAUAUUACUACUUUUGGGUACUUAUUUAAUAGUCUAUACUCUGCAACUUAUAAUCAUUGAUAAAUCAUUUUUUAUUCAAGUUUCAUCAAUCCUGAAAUUGUUAACUAUUUAUUUUAAAUAUACAGGGUGUCCCAGACUAAUUUAGCCACGCUAUAUCUCUUAAACGAAUAGAGAUUUUCGAUUGGGAUAAAAAGUGGUAUAUUCUACUUGUAAUACACUUUAAUAUGGCGCGCAAAAAAAUCAUUCCCUAAAUAUUCAUCCCUUAGUUACAACCCCUAACUUAAAUUUUUUUAAUAGCACCCUGUAUAUUUUUUUAUAGUUUUGGAUGUGGUCUUCUAUCGUCUAUUCAACACAUUUUUUUUAAAUAAAAUCGGUUCGUAAAUAACCAAGAAAAUAUCAGUUUAGUUUUAUUAAUUAUGUGUCCCAGACUAAUUUAUCCAGGCUAUAUUUCUUAAACGAAUAGAGAUUUUCGAAUGGGACAAAAACUGAUCUAUUACAUUUGUAAUAAACUUUAAUAUGGCGCAGAAAAAAAUUAUCCCCUAAAUAUUCAUCCCUUAGUUACAACCCCUAACUUUAUUUUUUUAAAUAGCACCCUGUAGGUUAGGGAUGAAUAUUCAGGGGAUGAAUUUUUUCUAGGCCAUAUGAAAGUGUAUUACAAAUGAAAUAGAUCAGUUUUGUCCCAUUCGAAAAUCUCUAUUCGUUUAAGAAAUAUAGCCUGGAUAAAUUAGUCUGGGACACACAAUUAACAAAAAUAAACUGAUAGUUUCUUGGUUAUUUACGAACCGAUUUUAUUUUCAAAAAAUGUGUUGAAUAGACUAUAAAAGACCACAUCCAAAACUAUAAAAAAAUAUACAGGGUGCUAUUAAAAAAAUUAAAGUUAGGGGUUGUAACUAAGGGAUGAAUAUUUAGGGGAUGAUUUUUUUGUACGUCAUAUUAAAGUGUAUUAUAAGUAGAAUAUACCACUUUGUGUCUCAUUCGAAAAUCUCUAUUCGUUUAAAGUUUAAGAGAUAUAGCGUGGCUAAAUUAGUCUGGGACACCCUGUAUAUGUAAUUUAAAUAACCCACACAGGGUGAUCAGCAUUCUUGUUACAGUUGUUAACACAUUGAUGCCAUAUUAUUUUUACUAACAGCAAGAUAAUUACAUCUUUAUCUACAAUGCUUUUAAAUAACAUACAAUAUUUAUUCUUCAGUGAUACUUACUGGCACAUAACACAUUUUUAUUUUUAAGAGCAAUAAUGACCAAAGAUAGUAUGUAUGCACAUAUGGCAAUAUGGGUUGGUUACUUUCAAUUUACUUCAUUACAAUACAUUGUUGCUGAGGAAACAAUACCUCUUGAGUUAUAAAGUCUUCCUUUGUUUAGGAUAAUGGCUAUAGAAAAUUACAAAAAAAAUGGGCAGAUGAGAUGCUGUUUCUUUGAAAAUAAACCAUUGUUUGUAUAGGUAUUCAAACUAUUGAAUAAACCCUAAUUAUUUUUUAAAAUUAUAAAUACAAAUAAAAAUAAAUUCGAUAACGAAAUAAUUCUACAAUGGAGACACUGAUAAAAAACGCAUUAACCUUAAUUAACUGUACGUAAAAAGGCACUUAAAAUUUCAUAUUUCAAACUAGUGCGUAUGAGACUUCGAUUGUUAUCAGUUAUAAACGCUUAUGAUCAGGACCCUAAAUUGCUGCUCUGAGAAUAUUCGUUUCGGCUAACACAAAUAAACGUCAAAUCGAAAUCAAAACGUCAAAUAUUUAAUAUUAAAUGGCAGCUUACUAUUUUUUUUUUAUUUGAGCUGUCUACCCAAUAAUAUGUAUUAUUAUUAAUUAUUGUAUUCAGAGGUGUAACCAGAAUGAUCCUAAGGGGGGGUUACAUCUACUUGAAGGUCUCUGGGGGAUAUGGAAUAAUAAUGGUGUUAGUGAGCGUAUGGAGCGUAAUGGUGAGCGUAUAGAGCUCAAAGUACAUCCAAAAGGGGGGGUUAUAACCCCCAAAACCACCCCCUGGUUACGCCUAUGAUUGUAUUAUUAAUGAAUUUUUUUAAAACUGAUGUAAUUUACACUGCGCGUCAGAGACAACGGGAGGCCACAAAAUUGGUCAUUUUUGAUGUCUCUAAUUUCCUAAACCUGUUGUCCGAUUUAAGUGAUUUUUUAAUAUGUUACAGCCUUAUUCUUUAACAAUAUCGCUGUAAUAAUAUUGUUGCUAAACACGUUAAUUGCCUUUGUAUACUGGGUGUACCAAUCAAACUGAGUUUUUUUCUCAAAGUUCGCAACACCCUGUGGGAUAUUCUAGCAUUUAUAAAAUACUGAAAUUAAAACCCAACUAUAGCCUCAGGUUUUCUUAACCUUCUGUUUUUUUAUUCAUUCGCUUACAUUAGACCAUAAAAAGUUAUUCGCUUAUGUUAGUAUACGGGUAAUAUGACCCGUAUGCUCAAUAAAUGCGCAAUAACUAUCUCUUAAUAACCUACCUUUCAUUUACAUAUCUCAACCGGUUUUAGAGCAAUAAAUAAAUCGUCAGUUUGUAAGAAAAAAUUCAACAUCCCGUAUCUCGGAAACGAAGCAUUGGCGGACAUUAUGUUUAUAAAGCAAACAGUCAUUAUUUUUCAUGCAAAAUUACCCCUUAAAGUUUGAUAUUCUUAUUUAAAAACACCCUUAUCGAUGAAAAACAUGGCUAGUUAUUAAAGUACCUAACUUUUUUAUUAUCCAAUAUAAGCGAAUGAGUAAAAAAAAUAAUGUUAAGAAAACCUGUGGCUAUAGUUGAGUUUUAAUUUCAGUAUUUUAUGAAUGCUAGAAUAUUCCACAGAGUGUUGCGAAGAAAAAAAACACUGUUUAAUUGGUCCACCCGGGUUUAGGAAAUUCGAGACAUCAAAAAUGAUUAGUUUUGUGGGCCGCCCGUUUUCUCUGACGCGCAGUAUAAUAUCAAAUUUUCGUUAUGAUUUUUUUAAAUCAUGUCAGUUUUAAAACAUAUCCUAAAAUUUCAAUCAAUUUUCAGAUGAUUUGGUUUUUUGACAGUUUAUUGUAAUACCCUAUUUUGUGGA